CGAGCGGGAGGCAGCCGGGGAACCGGCGCGGGUGGCGCAGGCCGGCGGCGGGGAGCCGGGGCGAGGGUGGGCGGGGAUGGAGAGCACCCGGCACGGGGACGACGGAAGCGGGCCCCGGGGGGAGGGCAUGCGAGUGGACUUGGCGCUCGUGAAACAAGAGGUCCUGGACUGGCCGGAGGUGGAGGAAGGUGUGUUUCAUAGUCAGUGGGUGAAGCAGGAGGUGGAGGAUGGGCCCGAGGUGAAGGAGGAGAAACCCGACCUCCUGGAGCUGAAGCAGGAGGUGGGUGACAGCUGGAUAGUCAAACAGGAGAAGGUGGACGACAUAGAGGUGAAGGAGGAGAAAGUGAACGUGAAGCAGGAAGUCAUGGACUGGUUAGACGUGAAGGAAGAGAGGAUGGAUUACUUGGAAAUUAAACAGGAGGAAGUGUUCCUCGACCUGAACAUCAAAAAGGAGGAGAUGAUAGAUGAAGCGUAUGUAAAGGAAGAGCCGUGGGUCCUGAAAAAGGAAGAGGAGAUGGAUAAUGCAGAGGUGAAAGAAGAAGAGUUGCCGACCAAUCUGCAGAUGGGUUCCAAGCGGAAACUGGCCAUGUCAAGGUGUGAAACGUGUGGCACAGAAGAAGCAAAAUACAGAUGUCCACGUUGUAUGCGGUAUUCUUGCAGUUUGCCCUGUGUGAAAAGGCACAAAACAGAACUGACCUGUAGUGGAGUUCGAGAUAAAACUGCCUUUGUUUCAAUCCAACAGUUUACUGAAAUGAAUCUCCUAAGUGAUUAUAGAUUUUUGGAAGAUGUGGCAAGAACAGCUGAUCAUAUUUCUAGAGAUGUUGUACUGAAAAGACCAGUAAGCAAUAAGCAUAUGUGCUUUUUGAAAAACCGUGCGCGACGGCAAGGUAUAAACUUAAAACUUCUCCCCAGCGGAUUCACAAAAAGGAAAGAGAAUUCAACAUGCUUCAAUAAAAAAAAGCAACAAUUUUGUUGGCAUGUCAAGCUUCAGUUUCCUCAGAGUCAAGCUGUGUACGUAGAAAAAAGAGUACCAGAGGACAAAACUAUUAAUGAAAUCCUAAGACCAUACAUUGAUCCUGAAAAAUCUGAUCCUGUGAUUCGUCAAAGGCUGAAGGUCUACAUUCGCUCUCAAACUCGGGUCCAAAUUUUCAUGAAGGUUGAAUCUAUGCAGCAAAAUCUAGAAAGAUACUAUGAACUGGAUCCUUACAAGAGUCUCCUUGACAGUUUGAAAAACAAAGUGAUCAUUGAAUACCCAACAUUACAUGUGGUAUUAAAAGAAUUUAGUAGUGGCUUCACAGUCCUUCACCAAGCUUGGAUGUUUGAUCUUCCGGCAUUCUGAGGCCUUGCAGGCAGUUUUAAGAACUCCAGAAAACUUGGUUGAACCCUGAAUCAUUUGACUGUCUGUGACCUGUCAUCUAAAAAUGUAACUAAGUUCUAGCUCAGCCUAUGAAUGUGCUUCCUGUAUAGUUUCUUACCCUUUUCUCUUUCUGGCUUUAGAUGGAAAUAAAAACAAGAACCCCAAAGAUGCACUAGAUGCAAUCUUUCUAUCCCUGACAACUGGAUAGCCUUGCAUUAGAAUGGGCGGCAAAUGAAGAAGUAAGACCGGAGUAGACUGUACAGAGAACGGAAUCCUGAAAUCGGCCAUUAGGUCAAAGGGCAAAAGAGAAAAAGGACUCAGUCGAUAGGUCUGAGUUCAUUACCUAUGUGACCCUGAGUUCAGUGACCCUGGGCUCCUGCAAACACUUGAAGGAGAAGGCUUACUCAGAUAA